CCAGUUUUUUCAGUUUCAUCUCUCUCACUCUCUUCGACUUCUCCGCGAAACAGACUCACCCUUGACCACUCAAACAUGACUCACGGUGGACCACACUAUGCCUGUGCCUCUGCUCCAGGCAUUGGCUUCGGAUCAGCAGGUCUUGGCUAUGGCGGCCACCACUCUGGCACAUUGAUCGGAUCCGGGUCACCAUCCUUUGCCGUUCCCUCCUGUGCCUCUGCUCCCAUCGUCGGCUUUGGAUCUGCAGGUCUUGGCCAUGGUUUUGAUUCUGGGGUACCCUCCGCUAGCCUGGGCAUCCUCUCAGGGGUCAAUCCUUCCUGCAUCAACCAGAUCCCACCCGCAGAAGUCAUGGUCCAGCCACCCCCUGUCGUUCUGACCCUCCCCGGACCCAUCCUCUCUGCUACCGGUCAACCAGUCUUUGUGGGAGGCAACACUCCUUGCGCUGUUAGUUAUGGUGGAUCCGGCCAUGGGCUUUCCGGAGGCAGUGCUCUUUACGGUGGAUCCGGCCGUGGGCUUUCCGGAGGCAGUGCUCUUUAUGGUGGAUUCGGCAGAGGGCUCUCUGGAGGUAGUUUUGGUGCUCUUGGAGGCCAUUUGGGAAGCUUUGGGGGCCGCAGAGGCAGUCUCAUCCUGGGGCGCCGAGGCAGUACCUGCCUGGCCCCUCACUAAAUUCUCAAGGACUGUGUCAAUCAAAUUCGGAGCAACCCCCUGAUGUAAUAGCCUGGACUGCACAAUGAUCGGUUGAACACCCUCCACGUGCGGAGUGCUCUCCAGCUUGGGAGAUCUCAGUGUCUCUUCGUCUCGGGGCCAGACAUAGUUUCCUGUCUCUUUGUCUAUGGAAGACGUCCCAUUCUGUAAAUGCUUUGCCCCAUUUAAAACCUGCCUCUUUGUGAAAAUUGUUCAGAUGAAUAAUUUUUUCUGUUUCCUAAUAAAACUUACUUUGCAUCAUGA